CAUUUUCGAAUUUCGUACUUCUUUCUUUUUCGGGAGUUUUCUUAGCUCUUUUAUGCGCUUCGUAGCUUAAUCUUCUGUUUUUCUUUGUUUACCCUUUGAUUUUGUGCUCUUAAUUGGAUUUUUUUACCCUUUCCUUUUCUGUACUUGUUGAGCUGCGGGUUGGUUGUGCUGUUGCAGUUUGAAUUAAUUUGGUUUAGUAAUUUCUCUUGGUUCCCUUUUCUUUGGCGAUGUCUGUGUUAGGUUCGACAUUUUGAGAGAGAUUUCUUAUUUGGGUAUCUGUAGAUUCGAAACAUUGCUUACUUUACAAGACUCAGAGCUACAAAUAAUUAACAAAUGGCAGGAGGUGGAGCUCCAGCCAAGGCGGAUGAACCCGCUCCCCACCCACCCAAAGAUCAGCUCCCCAAUGUUUCUUACUGUAUCACCAGCCCUCCUCCAUGGCCUGAGGCCAUCCUUCUUGGAUUUCAACAUUACCUGGUUAUGCUUGGCACGACAGUCAUUAUACCCACUGCUUUGGUUCCGCAAAUGGGAGGUGGAAAUGAGGAGAAAGCCAAAGUUAUUCAGACUCUGCUUUUCGUUGCUGGGCUGAACACUCUCUUACAAACCUGGUUUGGAACCAGAUUACCGGUAGUCAUGGGAGGUUCUUACACAUUUGUUCCGACCACGAUUUCCAUCAUCUUGUCUGGUAGAUGGAGUGACCCAGAGCCUGUCUCGAGGUUCAAGAAGGUAAUGAGGGCUACCCAGGGAGCGCUUAUUGUUGCCUCAACCAUUCAAAUAGUCCUGGGGUUCAGUGGUCUUUGGCGUAAUGUUGCAAGGUUUCUGACCCCACUUUCAGCCGUUCCUUUGGUUGCUCUUGCUGGUUUUGGGCUAUACGAGUUUGGUUUUCCUGGGGUUGCUAAAUGUGUUGAAAUUGGGCUGCCAAUGCUUAUCAUUCUGGUCCUCUUUUCUCAGUAUUUGGUCCACGUCAUUCGUCCAGGAAAGAAUAUCUUUGACCGCUUUGCUGUUAUAUUCUCUGUCGCAAUUGUGUGGAUAUAUGCCCUUCUACUUACUGUGGGUGGGGCUUACGACGGAAAGCCCCACAAGACUCAAGCAACCUGCAGAACCGAUAGUUCUGGACUAAUUGGUGCUGCUCCAUGGAUAAGAGUUCCAUACCCAUUUCAGUGGGGAGCUCCUUCGUUUGAUGCUGGUGAAGCCUUCGCCAUGAUGAUGGCUGCAUUUGUUGCUCUUGUUGAGUCGACUGGUGGCUUUAUUGCUGUGUCGAGGUAUGCCAGCGCAACUCCGUUGCCUCCGUCUAUUCUCAGUCGUGGUGUGGGAUGGCAGGGUGUUGCGAUUCUACUGUCUGGGCUGUUUGGGACUGGCAACGGGUCAUCUGUAUCGAUUGAGAAUGCAGGUUUAUUAGCACUAACCCGUGUCGGCAGUCGAAGAGUAGUACAGAUAUCUGCUGGAUUCAUGAUAUUUUUCUCAGUUCUCGGCAAAUUCGGAGCAAUCUUCGCUUCGAUUCCACCGCCAAUUGUGGGUGCUCUGUACUGCCUCUUUUUUGCCUACGUCGGUUCAGCUGGCCUCAGCUUUCUGCAGUUCUGCAACCUCAACAGUUUCCGGAAUAAAUUCAUAUUAGGCUUCUCCAUAUUCCUGGGGCUGUCGAUCCCGCAGUACUUCAACGAAUACACUGCAAUUAAGGGAUUCGGUCCCGUGCACACGACGGGGAGAUGGUUCAACGACUUCAUCAACGUGCCAUUCUCGUCCGAAGCAUUCGUGGCAGGCAUACUGGCGUACUUUUUGGACAACACGAUGCACAAGAAGGAUUUACGAAAGGAUCGGGGCAAGCACUGGUGGGACAAGUUCCGAUCCUUCAAGACGGACACCCGGAGUGAGGAAUUCUAUUCCCUUCCUUUCAAUCUUAACAAGUACUUCCCGUCCGUGUAAGAAUCCAUUUUCUUGAAAUCCCUUUGCUUGUUAAGUUUGUAGCGAACAAUUAAAGCGCGCGGGCCAUGCGCGCAAUUGGUACUUAAACCGGUUUGGAUUUUGGGUUGAGAAUUUUUUUUUUUUUCGAUGCAUUGUAGCAUGAAAAAGCGUGUAUGCGAAUGGUUUUGAGUGAUUUUAGAUUUUGUAAUGAUCGAUCAAUUAAUUGUGUUUGGAAAAGGAGUGAUCGAAUUAAUACUAA